CCUAGUCAGGUGUCCCAAUUAUCGAAAUGGGUUCGCGGUUAUUUAGGCGCCUCUCCCAGAAGCGUGCCCUUCGGUUCGAUUGUGCGAGAAUUGCGCGAAUUCUUCCGGAAUGCUGAUAAAACUUUACCCAAACCAAAAGAGCGUAGCAUAGAGACGCUUGUGAGCGAAACAUGUGAAGAAGCUGGCAUCGUGCAGAGUCGGUACUUCUCAGACCCUAAAUUAGUGCUUAGUAAAUUUGCCACAGCGCAGUCAAUGGCAAUGAAGGUCGAGAAAACCAAUUCGAUUGAAGGCUGGACCCCAGAUGNUUUCAUGAGUCGACUGGACACCAACGUAAAGGCUAUAGAUUUCAAUAGUACCAACUGCAGCAAAGCCUCGAGCAGUGGUCAGGUUAGCAUAUUCAAGCGUGAGCGAAACUCACCGACUACAAGCCCCAGCAGUAGUUCAAGCGCCCUCGCCGCCAAUAACAAGCGAAAACGCUAUAAAUUGGUUACGGGUACCACCACAAUACCUGAUUCGCCAACCACCAGUACACAAUCAACACUCAGUGAAUUUAGUUUCAAAUCCAAAUCAAAACUAACCAAUGACACUCCAAUGGUAGAGAAGGAGGCGCCACAGGAGCGAGUAGAGUUCUUGAGAAUACUGCGAAGUUCGCUAUCACCAGACGAUUUUAGUGCUUUUACCGCAGCGCUAAUGGCAUAUAGUCGUCAGGAUGAAUUUGAGGAAUUUCUUAAAGUUUUAGUACGGGUAAUGGGCAAGCCCGAAUUACAUUAUAUGUUGCGUGGCAUGCGACGAUUUAUAAAAUGUGCGCAUAAAGCUAUGUUUGACGAGGGUACUGCGCAUAUUUUAACAUAAUUUGUUUAAGGUAGAAUUAUUGGUGGGAGGGGAGACUUUUCUUUUGUUUUUUUCGCACCAAAACAAAAACAAACCGUAUCUACUAUACUUUAUUUUUAAUCAGAAUUAGUUUUUUGUGUAAGUAUGUAUGUAUGUAUUAUUUUUUAUGUUUUUAUGCGAAAAUGUUCAAUCAUUUAAUAUGCCUAGCGGAUUUUUUUUUUUUAUUACUGUGGCAUGCUUACGAUUUUUCGAAAUAUUAACAAAUAUAAUGCCGUGUGAACGUAUCUAUAAAAAAAUAAUAGAGUAUUUUUACUAAAUGUGCUGGAAAUGUUGUGUUGAUAUUCUUUGGCCGAUAUAAAAAACUAAACCGCGCUGAAAUUAGUAAAUCCACUAUAUUUUGUCA